AUGGCCUCCAACGCCGAGAAGCUUGACGAUGUCGAGAAGAAUCCGUACGCCUCUGCGAGCAGAUGGCGCCACCAGGAGAGCCCUGCCUUUCUACGCCAUGCCGGCCAAGCUGUUCCCCGCGACGCGCAGGAGAAGCACGGCAACACCAGCGAUCUCGCCAGCUUCCUCAACAAGGAUCGCGUCGAACCUGAGCGCCCGACGACCGCUGAGCACCGCGCGGGAAACUUCAAGCCUAUCAUGAUCGGCGCCGCCGAGGCCAAAGAGGAGAUUGAGCCCCGGCAGGAUGCUCAUGUGGACGGGAUGAUGUUCCACUCGUGCAACGGCUUCAGCGUUGGCACCGAUGAGGAGGCCUACAGUGGCCUUGCCCUGUGGAACGAUGUCACCAGACGCCACCGCGAGAAGCCUUUUCAUGUCAUGAUUGGCGGAGGCGAUCAGAUCUACAACGACGGCAUCCGUGUCUCGGGCCCGUUACGCGCGUGGACUGAUAUCUCCAACCCGACCAAGAGGCGACACUACCCCUUCCCCGAGAAGCUGCGCCAGGCAUGUGACGACUACUACCUGAAGAACUACAUCAAGUGGUAUUCGAGGGAACCGUUCGCCGGCAUGAAUGGUACCAUCCCCCAGGUGAACAUUUGGGACGACCAUGACAUCAUUGACGGCUUCGGCUCCUACGUCGACGAGUUCAUGAAGUGCGACGUUUUCCGAGGCAUUGGAGGCACCGCCCACAAGUACUACAUGCUGUUUCAGCACCACCUGCCCCCUCCGCCGUCCACUUACACAACUGAUCACGGAGAGUCCUUGUCUGGCCCUGGUCAAGGCGAAGACCCGAACCAGCUGAUGGAUACAUUUGUCGCCUCCAGCAAGACGGACGAUUGCUACAUUGUUGGCUCAAAGCACGGGCCGUACGUUGCCGAGCACUCCCACAACAUCUUCUGCAAGCUCGGUGCGCGAGUGGCGAUGGUGGGCAUUGAUGCCAGAACUGAGCGUACUCGUCACCAAAUCAACUACCCCGAAACGUACGACCAGAUCUUUGAACGCACGAGACAGGAGCUGCAGGCUGCAGCCGACGCGGGCCAGCCCUUUAAGCACUUGAUCCUGUUGCUUGGUAUUCCGAUCGCGUAUCCUCGCUUGACCUGGCUGGAAACCGUCUUCAGAAGUCCCCUUAUGGGCCCUGUGAGGCUUUUGAACAAGCGAUUCGGUGUUGCUGGUGGUCUGUUCAAUCAGUUCGAUGGCAGCAUUGACUUGCUCGACGAUCUCGACGACCACUACACGGCAAGGACGCACAAGAGGGAGCGCCAGGCGCUUGUCGAGCGGCUGCAGAAGAUCGCGGCCGAAUUCUCCGUACGCAUCACCAUCCUUGGCGGAGAUGUUCAUCUCGCUGCGCUUGGUCGCUUCUACUCCCAUCCCAAGCUGGGUAUCGCGACGGAUAACGACCACCGUUACAUGGCCAAUGUUGUGUCGUCCGCCAUUGUCAACAAGCCUCCUCCGACGGCUGUCGCGAAUCUGCUGGCCAAGCGCAACAAGAUCCAUCAUCUGAACCAUGACACGGACGAGACGCUGCUCACCUUCUUCAACAAGAACCCUGGCGAUUCGAACAAGACGCCCGGUUUCAACAAGGUUACAAUGCCCAGCCGCAACUUUGCGAUUCUCACGGAGAACUCGCCCAACAACCCGGCCGUCAAUGCGGAGCCCGAGAAUGACGGAACAAACGGCACGACCAACGGCUCGGUCCGGACCAAUUUCUCCGGCAAAGGCGGCCACGACUUUUUGCACCCAGGCGAGGUGGACGCGGGUACGCUUCACCGAGCGGCAUCGGCGGCACAUGGCCGACUCAACGACGGCAGUCUCGACAUUGUUAUCCGCGUCGAAAUCGAUCAGCACGACAAGGAAGGCAAGACGGACGGGUACGGCCUCAGCGUGCCGUUGCUGCACUACACCCGGCCUGUGACGCCGGCGGCGCCGUUCCCGCAACAGGAGCACUCGGCUGAGACAUCCUCGAGGAGCCGGCCCCGGAGUCAGUAG